UAGAUUCCAAAGUGGGCCCAACCCCAGCAUUUCCUGCCGAAACAAAUAAAUAUCCUCAACUUUCCCCUUUCAAUUUUAACAUAUUUCCUCCUCUGCCACCGACUCAACAACUCGACCAACCUUCAAACAGGCAGGAGAUUUGAUUCAUUUAAACACACAAAAACAACGGCAGAGCCCAUGGAGAUUUCUUCUUUAUCGCAAUCUCUCAAUCUUUGCAGCCGAAUAAAUGAGAUCUCGGAGAUUCAUAGUAGCAAUAAAAAUGAGGUUGAGAGUGAAGCUCUCUCUUCGGAUUCCAAGAAGUUGCUCAAAGAUUGCACUUCUCAUUUCGAGAGUAAAGUGAAGCAAAUUGUUGAAGAGUAUUCUGACUUGGGUUUCUUAGGAAUUGAAGAUUUAAAUAAAUACUUAGCACACUUGAAAGAGGCGCUUAAUCAAGUAGAGGCUGAAAGUACCCAGAUUUCUAAGGAAAUUGAGGAUCUUUCAAGAAAUCAUAUUGAAGAAACAAAUAUACUGGAAGGCAAUCUUGACGGCUUGAAGUGUGCAUUGGAUUCUAUUGCAUCUCAGGGUCUGGAGACAGUAGAGAGGACCCCUGCUAUAAAAAUCAAUUGA